GGAAGGCCGCGUCGGCACCGAGCAGUGAUGUUGCUCAGGGGGUUCGUUCUGUGCAGCCGGUGACGGGAAAGCGUCCGAGGAGCGUGCGUGUGGCAACGCUUCUGCCCACGACCGCAUGCUCAAACCAGUGAACCUCUGGGAGGUUCUGGCGAGAUUCAUUUUAACUGUGUAAACGCUCGUCUCGUCGAGCGGAACAGCUGCAAUCGUAAUGACUGUAGGUCAAAUAUUGACGGAGCAAAUGCAGAGUGGAGAGAACGAGAGAGGAAGUCAAACGUCCAUGUUCCCAUUAGGCCUUUUGCUCUGAGCUAUAGGUCAUCUGAAACCAUUUAUGUAACUGAAGGUGUCCUAAAAACGCCGGGUGCCCUCGUGUUCCUCCUCCGCGCUCCCUCCCCGUCUUUUGUCCCUGCAGUCGCUGAUAAUGUGGCUCGCUCGGUGGAGCUCUGCCUCUGACACGGACGUUUGUGCGAUAUGAUUUGUUAUUGUUGUGUCCGGGUUGAGAUAAGGCUAACGCUGCUUCCCUUCCUCCCGUUUCCACUGGGCUGGAUAUGUGGAACAGGCCUAAUAGAAAACAUGAUUUAACAGGAAUCUGUGCUCGUGGUGUGCCUGGAAUUUUCUGGAAUGUUUGCGGUGCGGAUGUGAUUUUGGUUUCACGGAACAAUGGUGUGAGAAUAUAAAGCGCGGCUCUGGGACCGGACCGCGUUCCGCUCACGUUUACAGUAAAUCCCAUCUUUCUCAGGGAGAUAAACAUUAACGCCGUGGCUUCAGUUUUUACUGUGGAAACACGGAUCGGUGACACGUGAGGAGGAAAGCGUUGAGCAAUGGCUCUGGAGUGAGUAGCGUCUGCUGAGGCUGACAGGCAGCUGAAGAUAAUCACUGGUCUCACUUCAUCGUUCUGCAUGAAUCACAUGCAAACAAAGUCAUGAAGCAACAUGUCUUGAGUUCCAGGGACUUUAUUGCUGAUGUUGGUUUACGUUCAGCGUCAGUCAUACUACAACUACACUUAAAUAUGGAGGCCAAAAUAUUAGGACCACCCCUGAAGGCAUCACCCAGUAUUUAGCUUCAGUGAAUCCGAUUGUACAGGUGUUCCUAAAAAAGUGGCCCCUGUAGCGUUUCUGGCCUCAGAGCCGUAUGCAUGCUCCCCACGCCUCUUUAAAUGCAGCCUUGCUCCUGUGUGGGUGAGGGCUCAAACAGGAAGAAGCCACCGUCUGCCUAUCAGGUAACGGUUACCACCAGCAGCAGCUACAGGCAUGUGGUGGGAGGAUGUUCUGCCUGCGCUCCUCCCCCGGUGGCUCGGGUCCUAUCGUAAAGACCCUGGGUGUGAACUACAACCGUGAGGGUCCCUCCCUGAGUCUAAGUAAAACCACAUUGGGGAAUGCACUCGCUUACACACACACACACACAAUCACAAUCAGUGCCACACACACGGUUAGUCGGUCUAGUCAGUGCUCCUUCCUGUUUUUCGCUCGUUCCGUGUGUGCGUUGCCUCGGCCGAGGAGGAAGUUCUGUCUGAGAGGAAGAAAGGAGCGUACGAGGGCUUCCAGGAGGAGCUUUUUGCUGGGGUGGUGACAUUUGCCCCCGGGGGGGGGGGGGUAAAGUCCUGACACCAUGGGGGCUGUGCGCGCUGCUGCCGGGGCUGAAGCGCUUCUAACAGCAGACGACUGACUUUGUCUUUGAAAGUCAGCGCUCCAACCAGACAAACCAGAUUCCUCCACAUGGAUUUGAGAGGGAAACCCUACCCUGAAGCCUGCUGCGGAGUAGACGUCACACACACAUAGACACACGCACGCACGCACACACACACGCGGCAGCUACAACCAGCAUGGAAGCGCUCAGAGAGUCCUUCCUUCAUUUGACUUUUCAGAUGUCAACGUACAAGCGAGCCACACUGGACGAGGAGGACCUGGUGGACUCCACUGGCGACGACAUCUACCCAUCAUCACCCAUGCAGGUGAACCUUCUGCCCGGUCGUGGGUCCGUGUGUUUCCCAGACCGGACACACAGAGAGAAGAAGUUGCUGGCAGUGGUGUGUGUCCUGUCUGUGGGCCUGUUCAUAUCCCUCAUCACGGCCGGAGUCUUCUACAAACAGAAUCGCCCCGGCUUGUGUCUGACGGAACCGUGCAUCACUGUGGCCAGCGCCGUCAUGAGCGCGCUGGAUCGGUCGGUGGACCCCUGCCUGGACUUUUACAACUUCGCCUGUGGAGGCUGGAUGAAGAACAACCCCCUCCCCGAGGGCAAAUCCCGCUGGGAGCCUUUUAGCAACCUCUGGGAGCACAACAUGCUCGUGAUGAAGCGUCUGUUAGAAAAUACUACGAUGAAAGAUCUGAGUAACGCCGAAAAGAAGGCCCAGCGAUAUUAUCAGGCCUGCAUGAAUGAGACCAAGAUUGAGGAAUUAGGAGCUAAGCCAUUACAAGAUCUAAUCAGCCAGCUCGGAGGAUGGGCCCUGACCGCAGCCUGGGACAAGGACAACUUUCAGGAGGUUUUGCAGACAGUGUCUGCCAGAUAUCGCGCCUCACCCUUCUUCACUGUCUUCGUCAGCCCUGACUCCAAAAACUCCAACAGCAACAUCAUCCAGGUGGAUCAGUCCAGCCUGGGACUCCCCUCGCGUGACUACUACCUCAACAAAACAGCCAAUGAAAAGUAUUUGACAGCAUACCUCAACUUCCUGGUGGAGUUGGGGGUUCUCCUGGGCGGAUCAGAGGAGACGUCUCGGAAGCUGAUGGGGGAGAUCGUUGACUUUGAGACCACCCUGGCCAACCUCACCACCCCCCAGGAGGAGAGAAGGGACGAAAUGCUCAUCUACCACAAGAUGGAGGCCAAGGAGCUGACAACGCUGGCGCCCGCGGUGGACUGGAUGCCGUACCUCACAGAAGUGUUUGCUCCUGUGCAGCUCAACGCCUCAGAGCCUGUGGUUGUUUAUGCCAAAGAAUACCUUGAGAAAGUUUCUGACCUCAUCACUAAAACGAAUAAAAGCCUACUCAACAAUUACAUGAUAAUGAAGGUAGUGAGGAAGAUGGUUUCCAUUUUGGACCAAAAGUUCCAGGAUGCUGAGCAGCGCUUCCUGGAAGUCAUGUAUGGAACCAAAAAGAGCUGUACUCCACGCUGGAAGCUGUGUGUCAGCGACACCGAUAGCGCCCUUGGCUUCGCACUUGGAGCCAUGUUUGUCAAAGCCACCUUUGCUGAGGACAGCAAGGCCAUUGCUGAAGAUAUGGUUGCAGAAAUUAAAUGGGCGUUUGAGGACAGCCUGAAGCACGUGAGCUGGAUGGAUACAGAAACAAAGAAGGCAGCGAAAGAAAAGGCAGAUGCAAUAUACAACAUGGUCGGUUAUCCAGAGUUCAUAAUGAACGCCGCAAAGCUGGACAAAGUGUUCAAUGAUUUUGAAGUGGUGUCAGAACUAUACUUCCAGAACGUCAUGCAGUACUACAACUUCUCAGCCAGGGUGACGGCCGACCAGCUGAGGAAAACUCCCAACAGAAACCAGUGGAGCAUGACCCCUCCGACUGUGAAUGCAUAUUACAGCCCAACCAAGAACGAGAUGGUCCUGCCAGCAGGAAUCCUCCAGGCUCCGUUUUAUAGUCGUUCCUGGCCCAAAGCCCUUAACUUUGGUGGAAUCGGAGUGGUGAUGGGACAUGAGCUGACUCACGCGUUUGACGACCAAGGGAGGGAAUACGACAAAGAGGGAAACCUGCGGUCCUGGUGGCAGAACUCUUCGGUGGAGGCCUUCAAGAAGCACACGCAGUGCAUGGUGGAGCAGUAUGGAAACUACAGCAUCAACCAGGAGCAUCUGAAUGGAAGACACACCCUGGGAGAAAACAUCGCUGACAACGGGGGACUUAAUGCGGCCUAUAAGGCUUAUGUGAACUGGAUCAGGAAAAAUGGCGAGGAGGCCACACUGCCGGCCCUGGGAAUGAGCAACCAUCAGCUGUUUUUUGUUGGCUUUGCCCAGGUGUGGUGCUCUGUCAGGACGCCUGAGAGCUCACACGAAGGAGUAAUCACCGAUUCUCACAGUCCAUCGAGGUUCAGGGUCAUCGGUACCGUCUCCAAUUCACGCGAGUUCUCUAAGCACUUUGGCUGCAAGGCGGACGCUCCAAUGAACCCCAAACACAAGUGUGAGCUGUGGUGAUUCUUCAUUGCACAGUGCAAACCUGUUUGUUUAGGACACUGAAAAUGCCUCUUUGGCUGCGGCAUUCAAGAACCACUGAAAGUUGUGCUGGUUUCCCACUUCAUGCUUCUCCAGCUCCUAAUCGGGACAAAAUGUGCCUGCUGUGAAUGGACGAUUGCAAUCCUCAGUGCUUCUGAACAAAGGCUGUUGAAUUAACAAGCAGCUGCCACUGAACUCUGACGUUACUUUUAGCUAUAAAUGUGCUUUUUUAACACUGGAAAUUCAAGAGAUAGUUACAAACAAAGCUGAGAAACCACUCUUAAUUUUUGUAAACUGCUUGUUAGUUAUAUAAAAUGUAAUGUUUCUUUUUAUUGUAAAUUUUCAUUGCGCUUGGAACUGUUUCAACUUAUUUUUUAUCCAGGUUUAUUUAUGGUCACAAAUUUAUAAGAUUUUCCUGUCCUGAUGGAAAACAUUGAAAGUUUAAAUUUGUUAAUUAAAAUAGGUAUAAUUAUGUUUUAAAAUGGGCACAGUCUGUAAACAACUGCGCUAUUUCUGUAAAAUGUUACAAUUGAUAUUGAAAUUACAUUUGUGUUUGAAAACUAAGCAUUUUGGGUGAAAAUUUACAGCAAUUAAUUAAAACAGCAGGUGUUUUUUUUUUUUUUUUUUACUGAAUUCAGAACCUGGUCAUGUAAACUAAGCCAUCAUGUGACAUAUGACUUUUUAUGAGUAAGUGUUUGGAAAGAAAUUAUUUUAUAUAGUAAAACCAUGUUUAAAAUA